AUGCCGAACCCCUCGCUUCUGCUCUAUGGCCCCGGCGAUGCCCGGUUCGAAGACCGGCCUAUGCCAGUGAUCGAGGAUCCCUUGGAUGUGAUCAUCCGCAUCGCCUACGUCGGCGUCUGCGGCAGUGACGUUCACUUUUGGAACCACGGCGGCGUCAAAGCCCACGUCUCCAAAGAGCGGCCCUUGGUAAUGGGCCACGAAGCCUCAGGAAUCGUAAAAGAAGUCGGCCCCGCCGUGAUUUCCCUGCAACCAGGCGACCGCAUCGCCAUCGAGCCCGGCUCCGCCUGCCGUGUCUGCAGCCGCUGCAAGGCAGGCACCUACCACCUGUGCCCGCGGAUGGAGUUCGCCGCCAACCCGCCGUACACGCACGGCACGCUCUCGAGGUACUACAAGAUGCCUGCGGACUGCUGCUACAAGAUUCCCGACAGCGUGGGCACAGCCUUUGGGCUGGACGAGGCCGUGCUGAUCGAGCCGUUGGCCGUCGCCGUGCACUCGGUGCGCCAGGUCGCCGUGCGGCCCGGCGAUAAGGUCGUGGUUUUUGGGGCGGGCACUGUGGGACUCUUGUCUGCGGCCGUGGCGCGCGAAUUUGGGGCGAGUGUAGUGACCUCUGUUGAUCUGAGUCGUGAGAAGCUGGAUUUCGCGCAGUCGUUUGUGCCUCGCGGUCGUCUGGUUUUCUCGACUGCUAUCCCGGACCAGACGCUCCCGCCGGAAGAAAAUGCGCAGUCCUUGCGUGGGAUGCAGCGCAGCGCGCAUCUCGCCGAGUCUGAUAUCCCUGGUUUUGAUGUUGCCAUCGAGGCGACAGGCGCGGAGUCUUGUAUCCAGAUGGCAGUUUAUGCACUGCGGGUUGGUGGCCGGUUCGUGCAGACGGGGCUGGGGAAGAGGAUUGUCAAUUUCCCCAUUUCGACGGUGUCAGAGAAUGAGAUUACGGUCAAGGGCUGUUUUCGAUACGGACCCGGGGAUUUCAAGAUGGCUCUGGAGCUGGCACUGAGCCAGAAAAUUGAGCUAAGGCCGCUAAUUACGAAGAUCGUGCCGUUUGAAAAUGUUAUUGAUGCUUGGGAGACUGCGAAACGCGGAGAGGGCAUUAAGACACUCAUCCGGGGGGCAGAUCUUGCAGAGAACUUUGAGAGCGGGCUAUGA